AACUACUUCCCGCAGCUAUGCUCUGAUGUGUUGUUCUAUGGGUCUGAGAGAGGCUACAGUAACAUUCCCGUCAAGGUGUUUUCAGAGGGUAGAAGUAGGCAUACGAAGAAAAAAAAGCAUUGGGGGGUGGAAACUAAAUACCUCUGGUUUUUAAACCGCUGUAAUUCUACCAACAAAGAGAAGGGGUCCGAGACUGUUUUAGCUGAACUGAAAUGCGUUUUUAAUCAAAUACAUUCGUUUUGGAUUUUAAACCCGCGUGUUUUUUUUUUCAUGCAGUGAGUAAACUUUCUGAGGGGCGGGUUUACUUUUUACCCCAGUCUGUCUAUUCGCGUCAAGCAGGCGUCACCACCCCAUUUUUGGGGAGUUGGUGCGCUCCUUACCUCAAACUCAACUGGAUGGAAAUCCGUGGACACCAAAAGUCCCGAGUUAUUUCUGGAGCUUUGUACUGGGUUGAAGGAGGAUAAGAAAGCGGGGGGGUUACUUUUCACCAAUGUCAUGAUAAUUGUUGUACAUAGAGAAAUAAGGAAAAAUCCUGCUGUUAUUUCCGCUGGAUGGAACUCCGUAAAAAGGUUACGCUCUGAGUCUGUGUAAAUCCUGCUUCUUGCGCUUCAACCAUCCAGAGGAGGCCAGCCAUAUGAACAGCAUGCUGCCUCUGAAGACCCCUGUCUCACCCCUGGGCUACAGCACAGACUAUCUGAAGUUUAGUAGUGACUACAGACAUGGGGAGGUAGGAGGGGCCAGCAGCGCCAGAGGGAUGCGUUCAGCCUCAGAGCUCCGUGAUUUGAUGGACACCUUACAACGCAAGAAGAUGGCCCUGGAGACAAGCCUGAGAGCCAAUGGGGACGCUAGCCCCUCCUACAUCAGUAUGACACAGUCUCCACCCACCACGUCUGUGACCUCACCCACCUCGAUGUGGUCAGCCUAUCAGGAACAGGCUAGGCGCUUCUACGGCUCUGAUCGUCCUCCUCUCUCUGGCAAAGCUGCCGCUCCUCGCUCCCCCUCUUGGCGCUCUGACCCCCCUUCCUCCCGAACCUCCAUGAUCCGGAAACAAUCAUACCAAUCACAGGACAGCCUGCUCAUCUCCCCUGGCAAUGGGCGACGCCCACUAAACCCAAACUCCUCCCCCCUGUUGUCGAUGCGGAACUGUGGAGGUUCCUCUAACUCAGUGGCCGGUGGUGAUAGCCUCUUCUCUCCUCCACCCUCAUCCCUCUUUCCAACUAGUGGAGCAGCCAGCAUGCCCUCCAGUCCCCGCCUGGGACUACGAAGCCACGGCAACCAUGAGCCGGUGUCUAGCAACCGAACCAGGAAGUACUCUGCAGGGUCUAUAGGCGGCAUAAUGGAAAGUCACAACUGCUCACUGCCCCGCCUCUGCCCCUCAUCAUCACCUCAUUCCCAUGACAACGGAGCCCUGGCCCUGUUUUCCCUCCCCCUAACCUCUAAUCCUCUACGCAACUCCUCUCACAACAAUAGCCAAAACCACACCACAAACAACAACUACAACCAUAACCAAAUGACUAACUUCACCUACAGCCAGGCCCAAAACAUGAACCGGAACCAAGGAGAGGGGGUGGAAUCCAUCUCUCUCUCCAUCCCUGAGUCUCCCACCCAGGCCCCUCCAGACGUGACCUCACCGUCCCUAUCAGGGGGCUCUUCAAGCCCCGGUGUGGCCAAGAUACUCAGCUUCACCUCCACCAGCUCCACCUCCAGCCUUCAGGAGCCAAAGAGGUCAGCCAGCCGAGGAGCCUCCCCUGGACUAGAGCUCUUUCUGGGGGAGAGGCAGAGAGAGCACAGGGGGGGAAGACUGGAGCCUGGGCUAGGAUUAGAGGAACGAAGGCAGUCAUUUGGAAAGGGAGGGGUGGGGCUGGGGGCGGGGUUGACCCCACCAGGGGGGUUCAGGGUGAGGAGUGGCAGUAUCAGCUCCCUGAGUGGGAAGGAAGAACUGACUGACUACCACCAUCGCCAGAGAGACGAGAGACUACGAGAACAGGAAGUGGAGAGACUGGAACUCCAGCGGCUGGAGACCAUCCUGUCUUUGUGUUCAGAGCUGGGGAGAUCGGAGCAGGACAGGGAGAAGAGUGUUGGUUCUAGUCCAGGUACCGGUGCCGGUCUAGCCGAUCUCCAAAAGAUCAACCGGGAACUAGAGAAGCUCCAGGUCUCUGACGACAAAGAGCCAGUAUCAGUCUUCUUCGACUUAACCGUUAACGGAAAUGGUACCGCCUCGGAAAAUAAUUAUUAUGGUAAUGACCAGGAGCGUCAGGUCGGACUGCGAUGGAGCAGAGAUCCCCCCGACAACAGGGCGGAAUCACCCGUCGUCACUCUACGAAGCUCUGCCUCCUCGCCCACCCCGCAUCUACCGAGGACCAAUCAGGCGCUGGCGGAGGAGGGGGGACGGCGGAGGAAGGAAGUGACCCGUGUGGAGGAGGAGAGGAUCCAGGUGCUCAACAACAUGGACAAGCUGGAACAGAAGAUCAAAGAACUGGACAACCAGAUGGACGAAUCACUCAGAGAAGUGGAGAUGGAGGGUGCCCUGGUGCAGGCUGAGCAGGAUGCAGAGCUAUCAGCUCUGCAGCAGGAGAGCGAUGCUGUGGAGACACUCAACACCAAGAUGGCCGACAUGGAACAACAGGCACCGGACCAGAAGCCUCAGGACUCUGAGGUGCUGGAGGCUGAGACGAAGCGUUUUAAGGACCUGGAGGACCAGCAGAUGGAGAGAGAGAGUCGGCAUAAUGAGGAGAAGGAGACAAGCACACAACACCUUCUCAGAGAGAUCGUUGACUAUCAACUCAGCACCGUCACACGCAAGGGGAGGCUGGUGACCCUGAAGAAGCAGGCGGACCUGAUUACCCAGCAGGCUCAGCGAGAGAAGGAUAGCUUUCUGAAGGAGAGGACCAACCUGCAGAUGAUGCUGCAGAGGGAGAAAGAGAACCAUGCCUCUCUGGAGAGGAAGUAUGCUGACCUCACAGGUGGGCGGCACUUCCCUCUCAGUCCUAUCAGUCUCAAGGAGGUUCAGCACUUCCGUUGGCUGGAGGAGAGGAAGAGGUUAGUGAAAGAAGGCGGGGCCCACCCGAGUGACACGUUACCCAGGAAGCAGACCACUGUCACCCCUCAGUUCAGCUGUGUUACACUGGGACACAGCAUGCUUAACAAGUCCCGGCAGCCCCCGGUGCAGAGUUGUAGCUGUGUCAGUAUUCUACCAAGGGCCAUGUCUGUCUCCAGCAAUACAGAUACACACCGUCUGCACAAGGGUCAGGCCACCCGGUCCAACAUGCACCUGGACAGUGGCAACGGCCAGACCUACGACACCAUGAGCAUGGACAGCUUGGACUCCAUGGACACCAGCAUCUCUGUCUGCUCACCUGACAACGUCUCCUGUGCCAGCACAUCUAAUGUGACCAGACUGGAGGAGAUGGAGCAUCUACUGAGACAGGCCCAGGAAGAGAAGAACCGCCUCAUAGAACACAAGGAGCAAGAGAUGGAGUCGCGCAAACAGGCUCUGGAGGAGGAGAGGAGGAGGGAGCAUCUGGAGAAACGACUGCAGGAGGAGACCAACAGACGACAGAAACUCGUCGACAGGGAGGUGAAACUACGGGAGAAACAGAGAGCACAGUCCCGUCCUCUGACGCGUUACCUGCCGGUGCGUAAAGAUGAUUUUGACCUGAGGGCCCAUAUAGAGUCAGCGGGCCACAGCGCUGAGACCUGUUUCCACCUGUCCCUCACGGAGAAGAUCUGUCGAGGAUUCCUGGUCAAGAUGGGGAGAAAGAUCAAGACCUGGAAGAAACACUGGUUCGUCUUCGACCGCAACCGGCGAACACUCUCCUAUUUCUCAGACAAGCACGAGGCCAAGCUGAAAGGGGUCAUCUAUUUUCAAGCCAUAGAAGAAGUUUACUACGACCACUUAAAGAAGGCACACAAGAGUCCUAACCCGUGUCUGACGUUCAGUGUGAAGACUCAUGACAGGAUCUACUACAUGCUGGCCCCCGCUCCUGAGGCCAUGAGGAUCUGGAUAGACGUUAUCGUCACCGGGGCCGAGGGAUACACUCAGUUCAUGGUGUAGAAGGUGUGAUGUGGCCAGGGCGGAGGGACACACUCCGUUAAUGGUGUAGAAGGUGUGAUGUGGCCAGGGCGGAGGGACACACUCUGUUAAUGGUGUAGAAGGUGUGAUGUGGCCAUGGCGGAGGGACACACUCCGUUAAUGGUGUAGAAGGUGUGAUGCGGCCAAUGAGAAGGGACACAUCCAGUUGACGCUGUAAGAGUGGUGCUUCGGCCAGAGUGGAAGGAUACGACCAGCGUGCGGUUCCGGGGCCAGGACUAGAUCCUCUCUUUUCUCUGUGACUCAAAUGGACGGUUGUUCUUAUUUCUGUAUUUUAUUAUUUGUAAAACUUUUUUCUAAGGAAGAAUUAUCCAACCGCUGCAUUAACUCUCGCCGGUAACUCUACUGGGAUUGGCCAGUGUUUUUAUGCAUCAUUAUGUUGAAAAAGUGAUUGGUUGUUGAUUAACUAGGGAUGUACAUAGCAACCACAGGAGGUUGGUGACAUAUUAUGAGUCGUCCUCACCUCAGCAGUCUUCACUGAUAGCAACAUGAUGUGCUUGAGUAAACAAACAAAACAGAACAGUCAUUAAACUUCCUGGUUGUAUAGGGAUCAAGUUACUGAUAUUUACUCAACCUUUAUGUCCUCUGUUGUGUCCUCCAGUGUAGCCAGAGGUCAAAUCAUCUCUGCAUGGAGUGUCUGGCUAGCCAGGGGUUGAUGCGGUAUUGGGCAUUAACCUCUCUGGGAUAAUGCCAGGGAAAAUGCAGAGCGCCAAAUUCAAAUAAAUUACUAUAAAAAUCAAACUCAUUAAAUCACACAUGCAAGAUAGCAAAUUAAAGCUACACUUGUUGUGAAUCCAGCCAACAUGUCAGAUUUCAAAAAGGCUUUUCAGCUACAGCAAACGAUGCUAUUAUCUGAGGAUAGCACCUCCGUAAACAAAGAGAGAAACCAUAUUUCAAAAAUAAAAUACAUGCCUUACCUUUGACGAGCUUCUUUUGUUGGCACUCCAAUAUGUCCCAUAAACAUCACAAAUGAUCCUUUUGUUCAAUUAACUUCUUGCGUCGAGCCAUUCCGGAUCCGGUAUCGUGACUACAGCCUCAAGUCAUUACCAUAACGCAACGUUAACUAUUCAUGAAAAUCGCAAAUGAAAUGAAAUUAAUCUAUUUGCUCUCAAGCUUAGCCUUUUGUUAACAACACUGUCAUCUCAGAUUUUCAAAAUAUGCUUCUCAACCAUUGCAAAACAAGCAUUUGUGUAACAGUAUUGAUUGCUAGCGUAGCAUUUAGCGUUAGCAUUCAGCAGGCAACAUUUUCACAAAAACCAGAAAAGGAUUCAAAUCAAAUCAUUUACCUUUGAAGAACUUCAGAUGUUUUCAAUGAGGAGACUCAGUUCGAUAGCAAAUGUUCCGUUUUUACAAAAAAUAUUAUUUGUGUUGACAAAUUGGUCCGUUUUCUGCGUCACGUUUAGCUACGAAAAAAACCUGUAUCCAGGAUUGUGUAAAUCUAUCCGCAAGCUCAUUAGCAUAACACAACGUUAACUAUUCAUGAAAAUCGCAAAUGAAAUGAAAUUAAUCUAUUUGCUCUCAAGCUUAGCCUUUUGUUAACAACACUGUCAUCUCAGAUUUUCAAAAAUAUGCUUUUGAACCAUAGCUAAACAAGCAUUUGUGUAACAGUAUUGCUAGCCUAGCAUAGGAUUAUGCCUCUCUUUCACCAUGCAACAUUUUCCACAAAAACCAGAAAAGCAUUCAAAUAAAAUCAUUUACCUUUGAAGAACUUCAGAUGUUUUCAAUGAGGAGACUCUGUUAGAUAGCAAAUGUUCCGUUUUUACAAAAAAUAUUAUUUGUGUCGACUAAUCGCUCCGUUUUGUUAAUCACGUUUGGGUAAGGAAAAAUAAAUAAAAAUAAGUCAUUAAAACGCUAACUUUUUUCCAAAUUAGCUCCAUAGUAUCGACAGAAACAUGGCAAACCGAUGUUUAGAAUCAAUCCUCAAGGUGUUUUUCACAUAUCUGUCGACGAUAAAAUCUAUCGUGGCAGUUUAUUUUCUCUUCUGAAGAAAUGGAACGCGCAUGGACCUACAGAUUACGCAAUAAUUUCGACACAGGACACCGGGCGGGACACCAGGUAAAUGUAGUCUCUUAUGGUCAAUCUUCCAAUGAUAUGCCUACAAACACGUCACAAUGCUGCAGACAAUGGGGGGAAACGACAGAGAGCGCAGGCUCAUUCCUGGCGCAUUCACAGCCAUAUAAGGAGACAUUGGAACACAGCGCCUUCAGAAUCUGGGGCAUUUCCUGUAUGAAACUUCAUCUUGGUUUCGCCUGUAGCAUUAGUUCUGGGGCACUCACAGAUAAUAUCUUUGCAGUUUUGGAAACGUCAGAGUUUUGUCUUUCCAAGGCUGUCAAUUCCAUGCAUAGUCGAGCAUCUUUUCGUGACAAAAUAUCUUGUUUAAAACGGGAACGUUUUUUAUCCAAAAAUUAAAAGAGCGCCCCCUAUCUCGAAGAGGUUAAUUCCGUCGAUAUAUAUCCAAAAUGUCCAUUUAUUUGGCGCGUUUGAUCCAGAAAAACACCGGUUCCAACUUGCUCAACGUGACUACAAAAUAUCUCAAAAGUUACUUGUAAACUUUGCCAAAACAUUUCAAACUACUUUUUUAAUACAACUAUAGGUAUUUUUUUAAAGUAAAUAAUUUAUCAAAUUGAAGACUGGAUGAUCUGUGUUCAAUACAGAAAGAAAACAAACUGGAGCAUGCUUUCUGGUCAUGCGCCUCUAUCUAACAGUACACUUCAAGUGACCCUCGUUCAAGAUGGCCGUACUUCUUCAUUACACAAAGGAAUAACCUCAACCAAUUUCUAAAGACUGUUGACAUCCAGUGGAAGCGAUAAGAACUGCAAGAAAGUCCCUUAGAAAUCUGGAUUCCCAAUGAAAAUCCAUUGAAAAGAGUGACCUAAAAAUAAAAAAAAAAAAAAAUCUGAAUGGUUUGUCCUCUGGGUUUCGCCUACUAAAUAAGUUCUGUUAUACUCAGACAUGAUUCAAACAGUUUUAGAAACUUCAGAGUGUUUUCUACCCAAUGAUACUAAUAAUAUGCAUAUCUUAUCCUCUGGGGAUGAGUAGCAGGCAGUUGAAUUUGGGCAUGCAUUUCAUCCGGACGUGAAAAUACUGCCCCCUGUCACCAAGAAGUUACUGUGCUUUUUAACCAUUCAACAAAAAAAAGAAGAAAAAAAAACAUUUGAAUGAUAUCAUUGGCUGAUUUUAUCAUGUAGUUAUAUUGUAUUUAUGCUAUUGAUUAUCAAUCCAUGUAUCUUUAUUUCUGCAUACAGAAAAAAAAGCAAGAACAUAUUGUGCCUUAAAGUGUUUGGUCCUUUUUCUUGAAAAGAGAAUUAUCAUAUGGUAUUGAUUUGUUUUGAUUUGAUUUACCUUUCACAGAGGAGCCAUGUGCUCAGAACCAGCAGUAUCACAUGAGAACCACUAGAGGGUGAUAUUGUCCUGGAUUCAGACUGAAUCCUGGUCCUUUCUCCAGACACGGGUGUAAAGGCACAUUGUGUGUGACAUUGUGUUCACACACGGUUACUUUGGGAAUUAGAGACCUUCAACUAAAGCGGUCUGAGAGAGCCUCAGAUAUAAGACACCUGCUAUGAGAAUAUCAGAUAUAAGACACCUGCUAUGAGAAUAUCAGAUAUAAGACACCUGCUAUGAGAAUAUCAGAUAUAAGACACCUGCUAUGACAUCUUUGGCACUGUUUGCUGUUUUAGUUGGCAUUAUCAAGUUCUUGAUGAUUUUGUUUUUUCAUGUCUGUAACACACAUUAAAGUAUCAUGCAAUGGC